UCCGCGGCGAAGGCACCCUGGCGCCCCGCGAUGCUUGCAUGGAGCCCGCGCCCCCAGCGCCUGGGCAGGCGCCCCUGGUGCCCGCGAGCCCCGACCGUCCCCCCUCCCCGACGCAAGACGACGAGGUGCUGGUGCCUUCUGAUCCGGUAAAAUGGGAUGGCCGCGACGUGCGGCGCUGGGUCCGCUGGGCGUCGCGUGCUUUCAGUGUCUCUGCACCGAGAGCGCACCUACUGCCCGACUCCGGCGCAGCGCUGCUUGAACUCACCGAUCAGCAAUGGCUGCAAGUGUGUUCUGGCAACGAGCAGUCAGCGCGGUUGCUGCGCGCGCAUUUGCAGCACGCACGCUGCGCAGCCGCCGGCCUGCCGCCGCCGCCACCGCUGCCCGACCACCAGGCUCCCAGCACCACCGUCGCUAUACCUUACAACCCGUACGCGUCCCUGAGUUGCCGCGGCGGCGCGACUGCAGGCGGGCAAGUGCAACUCUGGCAGUUCCUGCUGGACGAGCUGGCGCAGGGAGCACCUGGCAUCUGCUGGGAGGGUUCUCCAACCGACGGCGAGUUUCGGCUAAGCGACCCGGACGAGGUGGCCCGCCGGUGGGGCCGUCGCAAGCAGAAGCCGUCCAUGAACUACGACAAGCUCUCCAGGGCUCUGCGGUACUACUAUGAUAAGAACAUCAUGAGCAAGGUUCACGGCAAACGCUACGCCUACAAGUUCUGCUGGCGAGGACUGGCGGCAGCUUGCCAGGCGCAGACACCCGACGCGCCAUGGCCGUACCUGGCACCGCGGCUUGACCAGGCGCCAUUACCUCCACAGGUGUCAAUGGCGUCACAGACGCCACAGGCGCCGCACGCUUCACACGUUCAAGUGGCACAUAUGCCACCGCACUAGGCUACAAUUUAUGCUAAUGUCUACA